AAAAAAAAAAAAAUUGAAAAGAGAGAGAGAGAGAGAAAGCGACCCAUGUAAUAGGGUGACGUGGGAAAAACUUAACCUUGUCAUCCUUCUUUUCUUACCGUUUCCCGGCAGCAUGAUUGGCCCAUUCCUUCCGGAUUCCUCCUCCUUCGGCGGAGACAGUCAGAGAGGAUCGUUCUCACUCUUAGACAGCUCAACUCAACUAUGGCCAAACUUCUUCUUCUACAGACUUCUCACCUCACCUCUCCAUUACACCGCUCUGCCGUCACCGCAAUCCUCUCCGUCCCCAAGCCUUUUCCAAUUCCUUCGCCGCUCUCUCGCCUUCCUUUUCGACGCCAUAGUCUUCGCGGCCCCCUAGCGCUUUCCUCUUCCUCCUCGCUUCGCGAACCUUCUAGAAACUUUUCGGCUCAAGCUUUCGAUUCCUCCUCCUCGGAAGCAAAGACCGGAGAUGAAAAAGAGCAGCGACUGGAGAAGGACGGUAAAGAAAAUGACUCUGAGGUUAAGGUUAAUAGUGAGGCAGUGAAAAUUUCUGAUGAGGUGUAUCCAAGCGGUGAGUUUCAGUUCGAGAAGCCUGGAUUAUGGAAGACCUUUGUCGUCAAGCUUCGCAUGCUUGUUGCUUUACCCUGGGAACGUGUCCGCAAAGGCAGUGUUCUCACUAUGAAAUUGCGCGGCCAGAUAUCAGAUCAGCUGAAGAGUCGUUUCUCUUCUGGACUUUCUCUUCCUCAAAUUUGUGAAAAUUUUGUUAAAGCAGCUUAUGAUCCUCGUAUUUCUGGUGUCUAUCUCCACAUUGAUUCCUUAAACUGUGGUUGGGCAAAAAUAGAAGAAAUUCGAAGACACAUAUUGGAUUUUAGGAAAUCAGGUAAGUUCAUUGUGGCAUAUGUUCCUGUUUGUCGAGAGAAGGAGUAUUAUCUUGCCUGUGCUUGUGAAGAGAUAUAUGCCCCUCCAAGCGCUUAUUUUUCUUUGUUUGGUUUUACAGUGCAAGCAUCGUUUAUUAGAGGUGUGCUAGACAAAGUGGGAAUUGAGCCACAAGUGGAAAGGAUUGGAAAAUACAAGAGUGCUGGUGAUCAACUUAUUCGCAAAACCAUGUCCAAGGAAAACUGUGAGAUGCUAACAGCAUUGCUUGAUAACAUAUAUGGGACUUGGGUGGAUGAAGUCUCUUCCGCAAAAGGAAAGGAAAGAGAAAACGUUGUAGAAUUUAUUAAUGAAGGAGUAUUCCAAAUAGAAAAACUGAAAACUGAUGGUUGGAUAACUGAUAUACAAUAUGAUGAUGAGGUUAUCUCAAUGUUGAAGGACAGACUAGGGGUGCAGAAGGAUAAAAUUCUUUCCCUGGUGGAUUACAGAAAAUAUUGUAAGGUUAGGAAGUGGACUCUGGGUUUAUUAGGCGGUAAAGAUCAAAUUGCUUUAAUUAGAGCCUCAGGAAGUAUUAGUCGCGUAAGGGGUCCUUUAAGUUCUCCUGGCUCAGGAAUUGUUGGAGAGCAGUUGAUUGAGAAGAUUCGUAGUGUGAGAGAAUCUAAAAGAUAUAAAGCUGCUAUUAUCCGAAUUGACAGCCCUGGAGGUGAUGCUCUUGCUUCUGAUUUAAUGUGGAGAGAGAUCAGACUAUUGGCUGAAUCAAAACCUGUAGUUGCAUCCAUGUCUGAUUUGGCUGCAAGUGGAGGCUAUUACAUGGCAAUGGCAGCAAAUACCAUUGUUGCAGAAAAUUUAACCUUAACUGGUUCAAUUGGAGUUGUGACAGGGAAAUUUAACCUUGGAAACCUUUAUGAGAAAAUUGGCUUUAACAAGGAGAUCUUAUCAAGGGGAAAAUAUGCUGAACUUCUUGCUGCUGAAAAUCGACCUUUCAAAUCAGAUGAAGCAGAACUUUUUGCCAGGUCUACCCAGAGAGCCUAUCAACAAUUUCGUGAUAAGGCAGCUUUUUCCAGAUCAAUGAGUGAAGAUAAAAUGGAGAAGGUUGCACAAGGGAGAGUUUGGGCUGGUAAAGAUGCAGCAUCGCGAGGCUUAGUCGAUGCAAUAGGAGGCCUUUCUCGGGCUGUUGCAAUAGCAAAACAGAAGGCCAAUAUACCACAAGACAGAAAGGUUACACUUGUGGAGCUCUCAAGACCAUCCCCAACGUUGCCAGAGAUUUUAAGUGGCAUAGGAAGUACACUAGUUGGAGUUGACACAACAGUUAAAGCAUUGCUGCAGGACAUGACGUUUUCAGAGGGAGUUCAAGCUCGAAUGGAUGGAAUCUUGUUUGAGAGACUGGAAGGAACGUCCAGUUCCAAUCCCAUAUUCGGUUUGAUAAAAGAUUAUCUCAGUUCCCUUUGAUCUUCAUUAGCUUUCUGUUUUUUUUUUCUUCUUUAAAAUGAAUGAUAACAAGCUGUGUCUUGUGUCUCCCCUAUUCUCGACGAUUAUAUCUCAUUUAUGUGUUCUCUGAAUGUAUUGGUAAUAGAAAGGGUAGGCUGCUUAAUGAAUAGGGUGUGGCGUCUACCUCCUCUGGUACAUAGACUUCCUCCAUACCUUUUUCCCUUUCCCAAUUGUAUCAUCCUUUCUUUCAUGUGUACAUCGAUAUAUCAAUGACCUUUGAGUUGAGGUUAGUAAUAAAAAGUAUAUAUUUAUA